AUGACACUCAGCCGCGGCCCGUGUGACCUCGACAACAUGAGUCUGUUCCAAGACCUCAAAUUGAAGAGGCGGAAAGUUGACUCCCGAUGUAGUAGCGAUGGCGAGUCGGCAGCGGACACAAGCACGUCUUCGCCGGACCCUGGCCCGCCGUCGCCGCGCAUGGCAGACGCCGGCUGCAGCACGCCGCCGCACCCGCCGCCCGUGUUUGAUGGCGGUGGCUCACCCUCACCCUCUCCUGCAGCCUGCCACCCAACCGUUAUUCGCUCCGCCCCGCCUAACUCCGUCAUCAAGUUUGAAGGUGCACCUGCACCCAUUAAAAUUGAAAUCUCUUCUGCUGGAAAGCAUGACUCCUCCCCAUCCUCCCAUUAUUCAUCUGUCAAAUUAGAAGGGCCACCCCCAGAUCACCCGCAUUCCUAUAGACCUCGCGCCCUCGCUCCUCCCCCGCCAAGUCCCCACGCCUCUUUAUCGCCAAAUCAUUGGCCUCCCGCAGCUUGUAUUAAUGGGGUAAAACCUGAACUCAUCGGCGGUCAUUUUCCACCCCAACCAUUAGAACCAAAAGGCGCAAGAAGUUCGACACAAUGGAGAGGAGCACCCGCAGUGAUUAUGGGCGAAUCUGGUGGAGUCCGGACUAUGUUCUGGACUCUUCCUGCACCUACUUCUGGCGGAGAACCAUCUCCGGGAGCUUCUCACACUCCAACACCACCUGCAUCAGAUCCUAACACAUGUAGUGAAGAAUCAGCAGCUCGACUUUUGUUAAAUCUAGGAGGUGAGUUAAGGCGAACUCAAGGGCCAAGACUAAACAUGGAACUAUUAUGGGCUGGGGACGUUUCCCAAUUACCGGCUCAUCAGCAAAUACAUGCCUUAAAUCUUAGUGCUGCUGCUGGAGGAGUUCCUGGUAUUUCAAAUGUACCAAAUCCAAGUCCCUUAGCACCACGACCCGAGUUAAGAACAUAUGCACCUGAGGCUGAGCGUGAUGAAGAUGAACAGCCGAUGAUCUGCAUGAUUUGUGAAGACAAGGCGACUGGUCUCCACUAUGGUAUUAUAACUUGUGAGGGUUGCAAGGGUUUCUUUAAAAGAACUGUGCAGAAUAGACGAGUAUAUACAUGUGUGGCUGAUGGAGGCUGUGAAAUAACAAAAGCGCAAAGAAAUAGAUGCCAAUAUUGUCGCUUUAAAAAAUGUAUCGAACAAGGGAUGGUUUUACAAGCCGUGCGAGAAGAUCGUAUGCCUGGAGGUCGAAAUAGUGGUGCAGUGUACAAUUUAUAUAAGGUUAAAUACAAGAAACAUAAGAAGCCAAAAACAUCAACUGCAACGAGUAGGGCGUCUCCCCCAGAGAAACCUAAAGACCCUUUACCACCCCUCCCACCGAACCUCGUCAAUGGGACCAUACUUAAGACUGCUUUAACAAACCCAAGCGAGGUGGUUCACUUGAGAGCAAGACUGGAAAGUGCUGUGUCAUCGUCGAGAGAUAGAGCAAUUCCUAUAGAUAGGGCCCUGCAUAUGAUCAGAUCACUGAUCGAUUGCGAUGCAAUGGAAGACAUCGCCACUGUACGCCAUUUACCUGAUCUCCUGCACGACACGUCAGAAAUAGGUGAUAAAUUAUGUAAGAUUGGCGAUUCAAUCGUCCACAAGAUGGUCGCUUGGACGAAAAAAUUACCGUUCAUAAUGGAAAUUCCUAUGGAAAUACAUUCAAAACUAUUAAUGGAAAAAUGGCACGAGAUCUCAGUAUUGACGACAGCGGCAUAUCAAGCAAUGCAUGGCAAACUAGCUCAUGCGCCACCUUCAUCAGACCACGAACAUGAUUUUAUGCAGGAGGUUAACGCAAAUCUUAGAACGUUACAAAACUGCUUAACAUCACUCAUGGGAAGACCAAUAACUCUAGAACAGCUAAGGCUGGACGUGGGUUUAGUGGUAGAGAAGAUGACCCAAAUCACUUGUGUCUUUAGGCGCAUCCAGCUUCGAAUGGAGGAGUACGUCUGCUUAAAAGUCUACAUUUUGUUAAAUCAGGAAGUUGAGUUGGAGGGAAUUCAGGAUCGAUAUGUGCAAGUUCUACGGAGUUAUUUAGAGCAUGCUGCGCCACAUCACCCUGGUAGACUACAAGAAUUAUUCGCAAGAAUACCGGAGAUACAGGCAGCGGCGAACUUGUUACUAGAAAGCAAAAUGUUCUACGUGCCGUUCGUGCUAAAUUCAGCUGAAAUCAGAUAG